AUGAGAUUCACUACUGCCACCACUUUCCUUGCUCUUGCCAUGUCCAUUUCUGCUCUGCAGUCAACCAAGAUGACUACGGCGACUGCCAAAGACCAAUGUACUACUGGUGACAUUGCCUGCUGUGACUCGAAGGAAAUCCUGUCUGGUGACGGUGUUCUGGGUAACCUUCUCGCUAAGGGUGGUCUUAACGGUCUUCUUGGCAACGAUGAUUCCGCAUCUUCCACCAAGGACUUCGAGACCGGACCUGUUUGUAAGAACAUCAUUGCUUGCUGCCCUAAGGGUACUGGAGAUUGCACUGCUAUUGAUUCCGCAGAGUAA